GGAGACGGGGGAGACCCAGACCCCCUCCGCCCCCGCAGCCACGACCAGCUUGUCGGGGAGCUCCGGGCCAGGAGUGCCUGCAGGGCCGCAUCGAGCUCGGUGCCGAGGCGGAGCGCCGAGGAUGCCGCGAAGGCCGCGCGGUCAUGUGCGCCCGCGGCGUCUCAGAGUCCGACCCAGGUCGCGAGCGCAUCGUGGCCGCUGGCCUCGUGCAGGAGGCUCGGGGCGUCCUCCAGGAGCCUGUCGCAGCUCUCAGCCGGCGGAGGCGGAGGCCGCCGCGACGCGCUCGGGGCGAGGAGGGCCUCCACGUCGGGCCUGUUCCCGAGGAUCCCCUGCGCCGGGGCGCCGGAGCCCGUCGCGGCCUCCUGGCGGAGCUCCACGCCCGACCUCGGCACGGCGGCGGGGCCCACAUCCCCGCCGCUCCGCUGGAGCCUCCCGCGCGACAGCCGCGCGGCAGCCGCGGCCCAGACUCUGAGGAGCCUCUCGGACGCCUGCAGGAGCCGCAGCUUCGGCGUCCUCCCAGCGGGGGGUCCCCUGCCUGAGCUGCAAGCCGCGCGGCUGCAGUGCCAGGGGUCGGCCGACCUGCAGCAGGGUGCGAAGCAGCGGAGUUCCUGGCCGAAGGAGCUGAUGUCGCUGCGGGAGCCCGGCGCGGAGUGCAGGGACUGGGCCACGCAUGCCAUCGCGGGCUUCAUCGGCCCUCCCAGGAGCCGCGCCUCCCGAGGCUCGGCGUGCCCAGUGCCGCCUGCGGAACCCCAACCGAAGCCGAAGCGCCAGGAGGCGAGGUUCGGCUUCGGCCUCGACCGCGAGUGCAGCGCUGUGCGGGAGGCCCCCUCGACGUGCGCGCCCAGCCCGAACGCGUCCGAGAGCGAGGGCUCCCAGGUGUCCGAAGACGCGGAGCUGCAGGUGCCUCUUGCGGCCACGCUGCUCGAGGUCUACGCCGGCUACGCGGACGAGGAGGUGGAGGUGCACGACAGGUUCAUUGCCUUGGCCUUCAGGCGCUUCUCGGUCCACGGGGCCAACGAGGUCACGCGCGAGCUCUUGCACGACGCCCUCAUCCACAUGGGCUUUUUGACCAGCACGCGGCAGCGCUCCCUCUGCCUGGCCACGCAGCUCUCCAACUUCCAGAACUUCGACUACAUGGACUUCCUCGGGUACGUGAACAGGUUCGCCGCCCUCGAGCGUAGCGCUGUCCGUCAGCGCGCGGGCGCGUGCCUGGCGGAGCGCCCAGAGCGCGCAGACGGCGCGGCGGCGCGCGACUUGCUGCAGCAGUUUCUACGCUCCGCCGGCGUGUGCUUCCCCUACAGCCACGUGGAGAAGAUGCAGAAGGCAGCGCUGCUGGAUCACGUGAGGCCGCAGGACAUGAGCACCAACGACCUCUUGUUGACCCUGGCCGCCUGCAGGGUUGACGAGGGGUUCACCAAGGAGCAGGUAGCGGCCGCGGCUGGGGUCUUCGGCGGGCUGGAGCAAGAUCCGCGCAUGUCUUCCAGCCGAUGGAGCGCCACGGCCAAGGCUGCCAAGGCCUCCAAGCUUAUGGAAGGCUUGCUCAAGUUCACUGGCCUCUACAGCGUGGACUACAUCGACAUGUUGGCGCACAUCUUGCCCUCCGAUUCCGCGGAGCAGCACGGCAUCUGCUUCUACGAGUUUCUGAUUUGGGCGCGCCGGCUGCGCGACCUCAUGAUGCAGGAUCUGUGGAAGUGCUUCGAAGACUUCGAUACCAGCGGCUCGGGUCGAAUCCAAUUGGACACGGCCAUCCUCAUCUCAGAACGAUUCGGCAUUUCCUUGCUGUCAGACGCUGUAGACGAGCUUCUCUCGAGCCUCGGCCUGCAGCGCGAAGCCGCUCUGGACUUCGACGCGCUGGUGCAGUUCGUGGGUGCGGCCCGGUCGGCGCACGGCUUCACCCGCUCCGAGCAGGAGGUGUUCAGCGCCGCGUUCCAGAAGUUCAAUCAUCACGGCACGGGUGAGCUGACCCACCUGCAGGUCCUCGAGUUGCUCCGGCACCUCGGGCACACCAUGAGGGCCGACGAGGUGAGUCCUUUGAUCAAGCGGGUCGACUUCAACAAGAACGGCUCCAUGGACCUCCACGAGUUCUUGAGGUUGAUGAGGCUGAUGCGCGAGGAGAGCAUCCGGUGCGCUCGCAAGUCCUUCGACGAGCUGAGCAGCUCCACUGGCCGGAUGCCCAAGGGGUCUGUGAAGGACGCUCUUGCCAAGCAGCAGCUCUUCCCACAGGAUGACGUGCUCGCCGAGCUAAUGCGAGACAUGCCAGCAGAGGCGAGCUUUACCUCGUUCAUGCACGUCUACGACCGCUGCCGCUUCCGCCUGAACCUUGAGUUCCGGAAGCGCGGGGGAUUUGCAGAGGACACUGUGGCGGAGAUCGCGAGCCUCUGGAAUGGCGGUUGCGGCGAGAUUUCAAGAGAGUUCGCCACCGUCAACGAGCUCAUUUGGAUGUUUACCGGCUCGCAGGAGGUGCCCGUGAACACGAGGCAGGGCCGGGAAGAGCUGCUCCGUCGCUUGCAGGCCGCACGGGAGGCCGCCAUCGAGGCCGGGGUGCCGGAGGAGGAGGCGUCCGUCAGGGCAGUAGCGGCGCAGCAGGGCGAAGCGUCGCACGGAAGGGUAUCCUCCAUCGGUUUCUACACGUUCGUGCAUCUGAUCCGCGGUUUCGUGCGGGACUCGGAGCAGGAGGUCAUCGAUCGCGAGAAGGGGGCGGUGUCUUUCGCCAGCUUCCCGAACAGCGAGGCCGCCGAGUUCCGCCGCGUGUUCUCCGACCUCGCCGAGCGGGAGGCAGGGAAGUCAUUGACCUGCGAGCAGCUGGCGGGCAGCAAGGGGCAUCGUGUGGACAAGCUCCUGACGCGUCUCACAGUUGUGCCUGCAAUACCAGUUUCGGCCAUGGCACUCUUCCUGAAGUCGAUCGGGCUCCAUGUCUCUAGCAGCAAGAUGCAGGACUUGAAGCCGAUCUUGGCUCAGACCAGUAGCCGGGGCGAGGCGGACGAGGGGACGAUCCAGUUCGCUACGUUCUUGAGGCUGUUGCGAUGGAUGAUCGACACGGACUUUGCGGGCAUCUGCAGCGCCAUGGAGCUCCGCAAAGGAUGA